AUUACAUUUCCAAAUAUCCCUCGUGUGAAUGAUCCUACCUGUAAAACAGAAAAUCUGAUGUAAAAUAUAUUAUUUUGCAUUAAAUGGCAGUUUUCUUUGAGUUGUUUGCUAGUUCAAAUAAUUUGAUGUCAGAACUGAUUCUGAGAUAUUUUCGUGAUGGGGCAGAAUCCCAAUGAGAGAUACUAACCUAUGCAAAAAUUAUCACAACAUCGCAACUCACCAACAAUUAGUUGGACUAAGUUGUAUGCCAUUGUAACAUGACGUUAUUCAGAUCUGACACAACAUUACAACAAUAUACGUCUCUGCUUAAUUUAUCCCUGUACACUGAUUAGGCUAUGCCUAAUUGUUGUGCUUGUUUCAGUCGUGCAUCAAUUCGUUACACAUACAUGUGCCAUGGACAUGCCAAACAGCCUGAUCAAAACAUCAUGACACAUUGCAGUGUACUAAUCAUUGAGACUGCAUGCCUGGUGUUGUAGGAAUCAAGCCUGCCAAAUAUUCCAUCAAUGUGACGCAGCAAAGAGGACAUACAUGACAAGGUAUGCAGUAAUGGAGUAAUGUGAUAAGAAGUUGCAACAAUGUCUGUUAUUGUACAAAAUGAUGAUGGCUGUAUUAUAGAUCAUUUGAAGGCAUCUAAAAUAAUAGUGAAAACUGAUGAUGGCAGUGUACAACAGUAUAGACUGAAGUCAGACCUGUUUGAAAUUCUAGAACCCUACAGGAUGGAUAGUCAAUUUGAAAAGCUACAAUCAACUGAGCUAAAAGAUGAUGGACAAAAAAGGAAGAGAAAACGCAAAAGACAGGAACCCUUAAACAUUGGUGAAAAGAUGGCCGCCGACUUUCAUAAUGAGGUGAAAGAUUCUAUAGAGAAGGCCUAUGAAAGACUGCUAGAACUUGGGAAGGAAAUGGCCUACUUUAUGAACCAAAACUGUUCUAACAUCAAGAAUAACAAUUCCGCGGCUAGACAGGCAGCUCAGUGUGAUGGUUCAUUACAUUCAUUCAUAGACAUGUGUGAGGAGUCACAGGACUGGAACCAGGAAUGUCAGGUUGGUAAACAUGCUGGAUCCUUGCAGUCUUGUACAGAGAAUGGUGUAAAGAUACAACAGGCCUGGAACCAAAGAUGUCAGACUGGUCACCAUGCUGGAUCCCUGCAGUCCUAUGAUGAAAAUGAUGUAAAGACACAGAAAGACUGGAACCAGAGAUGUCAAGAAGGUCAAUGUGAUGGCUUAUUGCAGUGUUGCACAAAGCAUGAUGAACAGUCAUGUAGAGACUGGAAUCAGUGCUUGCCAGUUUACCAGGUAACAAAAGAGAAAGAUCUGUCAUUGAGAGGUAUUGUGAAUGUGAUCUGGCAGAACACUGAACAGUUUGCCUUGACUACACAAUGUAGGGGAGAUAAUUACAUCAUACCACCAAACAGUACAUUCCUCAUGUCAGAUAUAACACAGCUGAAUAGAACAGGCAAAGCCCUAGGAAAGUUUGACCUGGUUGUAAUGGAUCCACCAUGGACAAACAAAUCUGUGAAACGCAAGAAAAAGUAUUACACAAUGGACAAUGAUAUGUUGUUAGACAUACCUCUGGUAGACAUGAUGAACCCAGGUUGCCUGGUUGUUGUAUGGGUCACAAACAAACAGAAACACAUGCAGUUUGUCACUGAUCAGCUGUUUCAGUCAAAUAACAUAAAGUUUGUAGCAAGAUGGUAUUGGCUGAAGGUGACCAAGACAGGUCAGUGUGUGUUUGACCUUGACUCUGCUCACAAGAAACCGUAUGAGACUUUAAUCAUUGGGAAAUUUCAUCCUGCUGCUAUGGAAACCAUGUACAGCUGUGGAGGUUGUGACUGUAAUUGUCACCAGAAUAAAGCUCAAGGACAUGAAGAGAUUUCCACUGACAAACCAGUAUAUUCUUCUGAAACAGUUACCAGUGUUAAUGCUUCAAAUGAACCAAGUAAUGCAAAUCUCAGUAUAAAUGAAACUGACAGACAGUCAAGGUCAGAUAGUAACCAUGGUAACAGAGGUCAUAUCCCUAAGAACAAGGUCAUUAUCAGUGUGCCAUGUAGUCUUCAUUCAAAGAAACCACCUCUUACAGAAGUUUUGAAGUCCUACUUGCCUGAUAAGCCCAGAUGUUUGGAACUGUUUGCCAGAAACUUACUACCUGAUUGGACAUCGUGGGGAAAUGAGGUCUUGCUACAUCAACAUCAAAACUUUUAUGAAGAAGUCACAUGAUACCAAGCUUAUACUUGUUGCCAUGGAAAUCUUGAUACUAGGUUGUUAAGCAAAGAGCUGAAGCUUCGGUUAUGCCCAGAGGACUGCGAAGUCAAGACCAAAGUUUUGAGAUUGUAACAUUACAUUAUGAUCCUUGAGGAAAAGUUGUUAACCCUUACCCUGCUAAAUUUUUAUAAUGAACUUAUCCAUCUUGCAAUUUGGACAAUACGAUUAACUGUUAAAUGGGGUGCUUACCAAAAAGAUACUGGAAGAAUAGCGAACAGUGCAGAUCAUGAUCACACUGCACGGACUUACAAACUUCCAGAGAUAUAUCUACUGUACCAUAAUGCUAUGGAAACAUAUAUAGCUUUUCUUGGGAGGAUAACCUUGUCAGCAAAUUGAGAACAGGGACAACAUCGACCCGGUCUCUGUGGACAGUCUCCUUAUAUUAACAACAUUUGCUGUCUCUUUAAUGCGAAAUUUAUGUAUAAUUGUGGACUAGCAUAGAACCACCGCUGCAGGAAAAUACUAUUCAUUUAUUUCAGAGUGAGUAGCAGUUUGGUGAAAUGUGCAUAAUUCACAAAAAAUAAGAAGUAAGGUUCCACUUCAGCUUAUAAACACACAAACAUUUACUUAUAUAAAGGUUAAUGUUUGAACCAGGAUGUAAUUUAUCCCCUGAAGAUGUGCAUCAUGAACUGAGAGCUUAGGCUGGGAGGGCUGCUAACAGUCAUAAUACGUACAUUUCCAGGUAACGUCUUAAAAGUCAAUAUAGGAUAUGUGGAUUUGUUUAUUCAUGGGCAUAUAUCUCAGUUACAAUAAAAGUCUUG